CCGUCCGAGCCGGGAUCCCAGGCCCGCUGGCCUCGGGGGGAGGCGGGAGAAGGAGGAUGCUGCUGUUCGUGGAGCAGGUAACAUCAAAAGGUACUGGCUUAAAUCCAAAUGCAAAAGUGUGGCAAGAAGAUCCACAGGGAAGCACUGAAGCUGCCCCAGUGACCAAUGGCACUGAGCAUUUGUGGCAAGAAACAGCUGCUGCACCAGGAACUCAUAGUGAGGGUAAUGUAGAGAUUGUGGAGGAUAGCUGUAAGCAGUAUGAAGUGAUGUAUUCUCCAUCUUGUGAAGCUACAAGAAAUGGCACUGGUGUUGAGGAAGCAGCUGCUAAUGGAAUGGCCCUGGCAACUGAGGAUCUUGGAUACCAAACUUAUGAUAUUUCUGGUGAAGGCAGCUCUGCCGUGUCUACAGAAGACCUGAAAGAAUGUUUGAAGAAACGACUCGAAUUCUGCUUCUCACGUGAGAACCUUUCUAAGGAUCUUUACUUGAUGUCUCAAAUGGACAGUGAUCAGUUUGUUCCAAUAUGGACAAUUGCCAACAUGGAAGGAAUUAAGAAGCUGACCACCAAUAUGGACCUUAUUCUUGAAGUAUUGAGAUCUUCCCCUAUGGUACAAGUAGAUGAGAGAGGGGAGAAAGUAAGACCAAACCAUAAGCGAUGCAUUAUUAUUCUUCGUGAGAUCCCUGAAACAACACCUAUAGAGGAGGUUAAGGCGCUGUUUAAAAACGAAAACUGUCCCAGAGUGAUAAGCUGUGAGUUUGCUCACAAUAACAACUGGUACGUUACAUUCCAGUCAGAUACUGAUGCACAACAGGCAUUUAAAUACUUAAGGGAAGAAGUGAAAACCUUUCAGGGCAAGCCAAUAAUGGCAAGGAUAAAAGCCAUCAACACAUUUUUUGCUAAAAAUGGCUACCGGGUAGUGGAUUCCAGUGUGUAUACUCAGCCAGUUCAAACACAAGCACAGUUUGCCUCACCACUGUUUAUGCAGCCUGUAUAUAGUCCUCAGCAGUACUCUAUUUACAGUAUUGUGCCUCAGACUUGGUCUCCAAACCCUGCACCUUACUUUGAAACACCACUGGCCCCUUUUCCUAAUGGUGGAUUCGUGAAUGGCUUUAAUUCACCAGGAUCAUAUAAGACGAAUGCUGCUUCCUUGAGCAUAGGUCGCCCAUUCCAUAGAAACCGUGUGAAGCCUCAUUUCCGAUCAUCAAGCAGCUCGGAACACUGUGCAGAGGGUACAGCUGUGGUUGGUACAGUGUCGAUGGGGGAUGGACCACUGAACAGAACCAACGUGAGGAAUUUUGGUAUGGAACGACAUACCAAUACAUUAACAGGACACCAGGAACAAGGCUGUUCUCAGAAGGACUAUCCCACCUCGCAGAUGGAGCAGAAUGGAGACUACAGUCUUGGCAGGGGCAGGAGGAACUUUUUCAGAGGUCGGAGAAGACGAGAAGAUGACCGUCUUUCACGACCUCAGCCUUCAGCAGAAACAAAGACUCAGACACCAAAGUUUGACUUACUAGCAUCAAAUUUCCCUCCUCUGCCUGGCAGUACAGCAAAAAUACAAGGAGAACCUGUGUUGGAAAGCAGAAUGUCUGACAUUGUUAAAGGAACUGGCAAAGAGAAGGAGAGCAAAGACUUGGCGGUCAGUUGUCCUGCAUCUGCUCAAGAAGAGCAGGCACACAGUCCAGUCCAGCAACCUGUCACAAGUGUGAGUUCACCAAGCAGGGCUGAGGUUCCUGCCCCAAGCACAACUCAGCCAGACAAGAAGCCAGAGGAGGUCUCUGCUCAGAAAGAUGUUAAUAGCCACACUUCCCCACCUGUGUCUGUACGUCCCCUCAGUGCUGCAAAGCCAUCAAGGACAAAUACCACUUCAUCCUCUACCAAUGGAAAUGCAGUGCUUACUGUGACAAUACAGGAGCCACGCAAGCUAAGUUACGCUGAAGUCUGCCAGAAACCCCCAAAGGAGCCAACUCCAGUUCCUGUUCAGCCACUUAGGGAGCUUCGUACCAAUGUAGCUCCCCCUGCCAAAAAUGAAGAAAACAAUACUUCUGAGAAGGCUUCAGAGAGGGCCCAUGAGAAGCUCGAAGGCCGGGCAAAGGAUCUUUCUGGGUUCAGAGGCAACGGGCCUCCCAGGGGAGCUGCUGGAAAAAUCAGGGAACAGAGACGCCAGUUUGGACGCAGAUCUUCACCUCAGGGAGCACCUCGGCGUAUCGGCAAGGAGCAGUAUGUGCCACCCCGAUCACCAAAGUAAAACUCAUCCAACUCUUCUCUAUUUAAUUUGAGCUGUGGACUAAAGAGCAGCAAAGGAGACGGACUAUAAGGAGGAGGUAUUCGGGGAACAUGAAUACUGAAUCGGAGUAUAUGGUUUGAGUGGGAGAAGGUGGGGAGGGUCCCAAAAUUCAUCUCUAAAAGUGAUUUUACAAAUGCUGGAGGAUUCCAAUCAAUAUAAAUAUAUAGAGAUUAUAAUUUUUGUAUCUUUUUGUUUUUUAAUUUGCAGAGUGUUUCCUGCCUGAAAUCAACUUUGAGAUUGUGAAUUAGUGCUUUGACCAGAUGAAAAAAUGAAAUGACAUAAUAUGUCCCUCAGUGUAGAAGGAAGAGGGCAAG